ACUCCAAUAAUCGCUCCCUCGAGCUUUCUUAAUCACACUCAUCGCCAGCUGAUCUUCUUGCUUACCCGGCAAGAACCCACCCACCAUGACCCUGCCAUGACGAUGACACACGCCAUGACCGCGCUGAUUGACGAGCCACAUCCGCCUAUAAAGUCUUCGUCUUCCUCUCGCACGCUCACUGGCCUUGCUUCCUACACCAAUUGACAACCUCUCUCGAGAUCUUCAGGAGGAUCUUUAUCCAGCACACGUGCGCGGCGAAGAUGGUGGCUCCGAUCGCGGUGGCGUCGGCGGGGCUGGGGAUGCUGGCGGGCGUCGCCAUGGCCAACAGGUCCUUGUUGCAGGACGGGAAGCCCGCCGCGGCGGUGCGGUGGCCGCAGCCGCGCUGCGCGACGUGCAGCGGCACGGGCAGGGUGGAGUGCCUCUGCUCGCGGUGGUCCGACGGCGACGGCGACGGGUGCCGCACCUGCGCGGGCACGCGGAGGAUGCCCUGCCGGAGCUGCGGCGGGUCCGGGACCGGCCGCCGGGCGACCGUGCGGAUCGACGCCGCCUCCGCCACGCCGCUCCAGCCACGGUCGAGCAGGCGGUGAUCGGCUCUGCUCGCGGUCCGCCGCCGUCAGGCUAGAUUUUCUUGCUGGUCAUAGGAAGAUUUGUAAUAUAGUAGAACAGAUCAGGGAAUUGAUAGAAAUAUAGCAAGUCAAUUUGGCACUAGUAGUUUAUGUCGAUCUCUUGCUGCUGCUGCUGAUUCAAUCGAGCCUUUGGGGCCUUGUGGCGAACUGGCGAUCAGUCGACCCUGCCCGUCCAUC